AUGGAAUCCACAGCAAACGUGAGGCAUUUGGACCUCUCGAGCAAUCGCAUUGGUAGGGAAAUUCCUGGUUUGGAAAAGCAUCACUAUUUGCAUUCUUCUCAUCUGUUUAGUUACUCUGCUCUCUUGCUUGCCAACAAUAGACUAUCUGGAGCGAUUCUAACCUCCUUCUGCAGUGCGUCUUCGUUCAGUGUUCUCGACUUGUCUUUCAAUAACUGGAGCGAAACAUUUGAUGUUAGUAACAACAACUUAACUGGGAAGCUUCCUAAGUCUUUGGGAAAUUGUAAGAGCUUAGCAUUGCUGAAUGUUAGAAACGACGACUUUGAGGGUAGUUUUCCUUGCAUGCUACCGUUGAGCUUGCGCAUACUUGUUUUGCGCUCCAACAGAUUCCAUGGAGACUUGAGAUGUAGCAAGAGUUGGCCGAAUCUUCAAAUUCUAGAUAUAUCUUUGAAUAAUUUCAGCGGGAAUGUGGAACCGCUAAACUUCUCGAGCUGGAGUGGGGGAAUACCGGAUGCAAUUGGUAAUCUUAGCUCACUUUACCUUCUCAACUUAUCCAGGAAUGUUUUCACUGGCGGCAUCCCAGAAUCAUUGGGUGGGUUGACAGAGCUUGGGUCGCUCGAUCUCUCUUCAAACAAGCUCACCGGGAGAAUACCACACGAGCUCACAGAACUCGGUUUCCUUUCAAUUUUGAAUGUAUCUUACAAUGAUCUGACAGGGAUGAUCCCAAUUGGCCGGCAGUUCCAAACGCUCUCUGCGGAUUUGUUUGAAGGAAACGCGGGGUUAUGUGGUUUCCCACUUGACAGAAGUUGCAGCAGGCCUCCUCGUGGACCAUCGGAGCCAGAAGAUGAUUCAAUGCCAUCGGAAUCGAAAGUUGGGGAGAUUGAGUAG